AUGCAGGUGGUUCCUGAUUAUUGUCACGCUGCGGUGCAAAAACCGGAAGGCAACUUCAGAGGGUCUUUGGAGGAGGACAAGCUUCCAAUCAUAUUGCAGUUCUACAAGUCAAGCAUAUUGCACAGAGGUGUCAGCGAUCCGGGUGUUCUUGAAAGCCCCAGUACUUUACUAGAGCAAAGAGAGAUUUGGGUAAAGUUUUCUCAUUUCAAGCAACAAUUAUCCAAUAACUACGACAGUAAUAGGGAGUAUGAAGCGCUCAUCUCCGAGUCUCUUUCGAAUAUGGGUGUGCCCCAAGAUGAGCAUCCUGCUACUGUUCACAAGCUAUUCCAGGCGGUUGAGGCCGCCGUCGACCCCGACCUCCCUGUUGUAGUGGGUGUGUUUGACACAACUCACCGCAUCAUUGGUGAUGGGGAUGGACAUGAAUCAUGUAGGCCCAAUUCGAUUCCUGCGAGCAGAUCAUCAAUCGAGGGUUUGGAGCCAGUGACACUCGAUAGUGAUAUUAUCACACGCUCGCCCUCCUGUGCUAUUUGUUUGGAGGAUUUUGAACAAGAACCCAUUACUCGGUUGCCCUGCCGACACCAUUUUCAUGUACACUGCAUUGUUCAAUGCCUGGAGAUCAGCCACAUGUGUCCCCUCUGCCGAUACCCAAUGCCAACAGAAGAAGAUUAA